AUGGAACAAGAGAAUGAAGAAAAGACAUUGCGGCCCAUGUACGUACCUUCCAGACCCCCUUGGAUCGGAUACUGGAACAAACGCUGGGAUCGACGUGAUGAAACGAAGUCCCGCAAAGCAUGGUGGACAGAAUUGGGAUGGACCGAUCAGUUAACAGAAAAGGGCAUACUGGGUGCAGCAAAAGCACAGUUACGAGAGCUAGAUCCUGAUUAUUAUGAUCCCAAGGUACCCGAUGGAACUUCGCUUGCAGGUCCAUUAGGUCUUGAUUCUGUCAGACAUCCGAAUAUAACACAGAAAGCUGAUCAACCGGGAAAUUAUGAAGCAUUUAUGAAUAAGAUUUAUCGAGGUUCAACACAGUAUAAAGACAUUGCUUCAAAAUAUGAAUUAACCGAAGGCCCUUGGUAUAUCCACAGUGGCUUAAAAGUAAUGCGAGCCAACAAUAACUAUCACGAGUUUUUGGCGCGUCCUGAAACUCCAUGGUGGGUACCAAAACCUUUUCGAUUUUUCAACAGUCCACUUAAUGAAGAUCCAAUUAUAAAAGGACUAGCUUGUGCUCAGUAUGUCGCUGUUCUCCUAGUUCCAUAUACUGGUUUGCACAUUAGAGGCUACGAGGUAAAGCCUGUCCCAGUCACACCCGUGUCAAUACUUAAGACAUAUUGCAGACUUCUGCCAACUCCAGCAACAGUGGCUUUUACCUGGGGUGUAGGAUUGAGCGGGGCAGCGAUGGUUAGGCAUAAAGAUGACUUCAUGAAUCAUCUGUAUGCAUCUACAGCAGCGGGAUUGGUUUUUGGUACUAUGAAAAAUAAUUAUCUUGCUGGUAUUUCAUUGGGUUUCUGUGCAUAUAUCAGUGGAAUAGCAUGGCAGUACAUGAGAAUAUCAGAAUGGGGUCUACAAAACAAGGUUAUUCAUCGUAAGUCUGCAAGUUACUUUGGUGGACCAUUGAUAUGGAAACUGAAAUGGAGAGGCGGUGAAGAAGAAGUACCGACUAAAAGAUGGUGA